AUGGAAAUCUUGACAAUACAUCUCAAAGACAAUUUUAUUCAACGAUAUAUUGAAGAUCCAACACAAGAGCAUUUUCAAAUCAUAAAAUUCGGGAACGAUAUCAGAAUCUUCUUCAUUUCUUCUGAACCGUUGGAUUCAACAGUUGAAGUCAAAAUUGAAUUCCAAAUCGAUCACUGGAUAUUUGCUAAGUCAAAGUUGAAAAUAUCGAUUGCCUUAAGACUCAAUGAACAAUUAAUAAGUAUCAAUAAAUCUUUUGCUGGAAUUAAGAAUGAUAUGUUUAAAGUUUUGAAAUGGAUGACUAAUUCAAUGAAAGAGAAAUGUGAUGAAGUUACUCAAACGUUUCUAAUGGAUUGGAAAUCGGUUUUGAGGAUUGAAAAAGAAGAAGUUAUUACACUUGAUCAUUUUCUUUGGGCUUGGUUGAAUGUCAAUACUAGAUGUCUUUGGUUUGAAUCUAGGACUCAAGAAUCAUGA